AUGGGACGAAGCCGCUCAGUUUCAAGAUCUCCGUCAAGAGAGGUGAGUAAUUUCAAUGUUUUAUUUGGUUUAGUUUAAGUAUUUUUAUUUUCAAAGGGAAAUGAAUAGGGUUUGGUGUGAUUUUUAGACAGUUUAAAUGUUUCGAAAAUUCAGGUGAGAAUGAAUGAAAAAAGAAAGAAAAAGAAUGAAUGAAAUAAGGAAAAGGAUGAAAGAAAAUGAAAUUUUGAAUGAAUGAAGAAAGAAAGAAAUAAGAAAUGAAGGCGACCUUUUAUUCUUCUGUUAUUUCUAUUUUAUUUAUUUAUUCAAUGUUCUCCAGCACUUCUAGAAGUCUCCAUUUUUGCAGCGCUCUAGAAGUCGGUCAGCAUCAAGAUCUCCAGUUGCAAGACGACGUGAACGUUCAUAGUAAGUUAAUCAGGCUCAAUCUAAAAAUCAAAUCUAAUGUUACUAUUUUUGCAGUGAUCGUCGUUCUCGUUCGCCACGCAGAAGUUCGCACCGCGACAGCGGACGCGGUGGAAGCGGAAAUAUGCAACGCGACAAUCCGCCACCAUCAAAAUGCAUUGGCGUAUUCAAUUUAUCCACGUAUACCACUGAAAAAGAUUUGAAGGAGAUUUUCGGCGAAUUCGGUGAUAUCGAACGCGUCGAUUUGGUUUAUGAUCGCCCAUCGGGAAAUUCGCGCGGUUUCGGUUUCAUCUAUUUUUAUGAUGUUGAAGACGCGGCGGCGGCCAGAGAUAAAAUGUCGAACACCGAUUUGGAUGGACAUCGAAUUCGUGUUGAUUUCUCGUUCACAAAACGCGGACAUUCACCAACUCCAGGACAAUAUAUGGGUGAUAGAUAUGAAAGAAGAGGAAAUGGAAGAGAUUAUCAUGGUGGAGGCGGAAGAUCGAGAUUCAGAUCACCACCAAGAAGGUCAGAUCACCACCAACAAAUUAUGAUUUUAAAAAAAUCUGGAAAUUAACUUCCAAUCCUCAAAAUAUGAAAAUUACAAAGAACUUUCAUUUGAAUUAAUUUCUGUAAAAAAAUUUCAAAAAAACCUUUUUUUAGCUAAAAAUUUGAAACUUUUUCGACACCGCUCAAAAUAUCGAUUUUAAUUUUGAUGGAAUUUGUUUUUGAGCCAAGAGAACAAUUACGACACGUUGGUGUAUAAAAAAGUUAAAAUAUCGAUAAAAAAUGGAAGGGUCCUGCGACUUUAAUUAUUGAGCUUUAAAUUUCAAAAACCCGGUUCGAAAAACUCCUGGACAAAAUUUUAAACGAAAACUUGAACCUAUCCGAUUCUUCAAAUCAAAUUUCAAACAUAUUUUGCAGAUUCGAUCGUGGCGGACAUCGUGAUCGCGGAGGCCGUGGUGGAGGCGGAGAUCGCAGCGGUGGUUCUCGCCCAUACGAUCCAAGUUCUCGUCGUCGUGUCGAAUCAUAUGCCAGUGGCGGAGGAAGCAGUUCAUCUCAUCGUCGUCGUUCCCGUUCUUAA